AUGGAGGGUAUCGUCUCUGUGCCCAAUGCCUUCGCCCCUACCUCUUGGGCCCCCUCUCCCCUGUCAAAGCCUCUGGCCUACAGCAGCAGCAGCAGCAGCACACACGGAAGUAUGCUUGCAGGGGGGGCUAAGUCUUACAUGGGUGUUGCUGCUGAAUACAUGCAGCAGCAGCAGCAGCGGCUCGGACCAGCAAUUACAGGAGACACAGGAGGCAGCAGCACAAGAGCACCCUACAGCUGCUGCUUCUCCCCCUCUCCUCCAGCAGACUUCGAUGAUGGCAGAGCUGCUGCUACUCCUGCUGCUGCUGCUGCUGCUGCUACUGCUGCUGCUGCCUCGCCAAGUCAAUACAAGCUGCAGCAACAACCACAUUACGGCACACAGUGGACGACGCUGCAGCAGCAACAGCUCCAGCUGCAGCAGCAGCAGCAACUGUUGCACCUGCAGCACCAGCAGCAGCAGCAGCAGCACCUCGUUCAGAAUAUAAGGGAGAUAAGCCCGCUGCAGCACGAAGCAUACGAGUCAAGAGGGCAGCAGCAGCAGCAGCAGCAGCAGUACGAACAGGUGUACGGAGACAUCCCGCUGUCAGAUCUGCCCAGCCUUGGUGGGGAGACACCAGAGCAGCAUACCUUGGAGCAGCAGCAGCAGCAGCAGCAGCAGCAGUCCCUAGGGGUCUCGAAUGCAGCUAAUGAGGCCCUUUGCCGAGACUCGCUGCAGCUUCAUUCCCUCUUUAGCAACUGUGCUGCCAGCAGCAGCAGUCUCUCGGACCAGCAGCAGCAGCAGCAGAUGUUGCAGGAGCAGCAGCAGCAGAUGUUGCAAGAGCAGCAGCAGCAGAUGUUGCAGGAGCAGCAGCAGCAGAUGUUGCAGGAGCAGCAGCAGCAGAUGUUGCUGCUGCAGCAGCAGCAGAUGCUGCAGCAGCAGCAGCAGCAGAUGUUGCAGCAGCAGCAGGAUUCUGAAGGAGAUGAUUGUUUGCCCACCGAAUUUCUUUGCGAGCCGCGCAUAGUUGAGAAGGUCGUAGAGAUCCCCCGCAUUGAAGUUAUAGAGAAGGAGACAGAAGUCCCUCAAAUAUACUUCAAGGAGAAAAUCGUAGAAGUGCCGCACAUCGUCAAAAAAGAAAAAAUUGUCCAAGUGCCCAAAUUCAUACUUCAGGUCAAUUAA